CAUACCGACCUAGGUACUUAAGGUAUACCUUGUUUUGUGAAACAAAAGCCCCGUCGACGUCAAUGUGCAGCCAUCAAUGCAUCAAUGCUAAUAUCAAACUUAAAAAGUUAUACCGAUACAUCUGAAGAAGGGGCUAGCGAAUAAACCUCCCGUGACAAGUGAAAACUAAAACCCAAAUAGCCCAAAACCAUCCCAAGUCUAGAUGAUAGCUACAAACUACAAACUUUGAAAGUAAACACUUAACUAUGUCAUAGCCAACUUGUUGUCUGCGCCGUAUUCACUACGAAAAUAUACACCUAUCACGCCAAUUCGCAGGACUUUCAGGCUUCAAUCCUUCUCGCCUCACUAACAACACUAUUUCUCAACUACCACAACAACAACAACAUCAACAACAGUCCACAAAUCACAAAUAGGCAUUCGGAUACUACGCAGCAUCUUAAUUAGAGUCUUAUUUCUCUCAUGGCUAAGUAGGAACAACGGCCUUGAGAUAGGAAAUUGGAUGUUAUUUUGCGCAUGUCCAAUAACUUCGGCGAUUAAGGCUCCUCGAGAUAUUGCAACCUGAUGGACUAAAUGCAAAUCUGAGAUUCUCUUUAAGUAUUAAUUGCCAGAGCGAAAUAAUGUCCAACACUCGCCGACGGACAGUUCGACUUCAAGAGUCUGAAAACCAGCCUCUCUUAAGCCACAAUAUUUUCGGCAACCCCUUAGAACAAGAGCCACUGUCUAGUAGCGAAACGAAUGCCCACGCUCACCUACCAGUAUAUACGAACAUCCAUCGGAUACGAAGGGACGUCAUCAGUAUAGUUGAAGACUUUCUCACUCCUGAGCAGUUAUCAGACAUUCGGCUUAAUAUUUCAGUCAUUCGGCCGCUAGUAGACAAGCUGUACGAACAAAAUGACAUUUCUAUCGUUUAUUGCUUGCUCGUAAACCGCGCUCAAUUUCUUCAUGAACAGGAACACAUGACCAAUAGGCAAAAUGUUUAUUUCACACGUGCAACUCUCUGCGAGCUUGUGGCCACUCGCAUUCUGAGACGUUUUGGUGAUGACAAUCCGGGCUCCGAAGGACUCCUUCUUUUAGCCAAUAUCUUAGUUACCGGGUUCGGGCCGUUCCAGAAUGCCCCGGAGGAGAUUCGUGAACAAGCCUAUCUUGGGCCCUCGUGGAGCCAAAAUAGAACUUUACCGGCACUGGAGGUAGCUAUUCUAAGUAGUAGCAAGCACUUUCUUAGUUCCACACACUGCCAGAAAGUUGUCAACGCAAUUUACAUUGGACAAGUCAUUUAUACACCAACCACUUUUCUGGAUAUGAUACCGGACCGAUACAAGCAAAGGCCCAUCUCAUUAUACGAACCACGCGAAGCGCCUUUGCUUAACCAGUACCGACUGGUAGUGCCCCGUACUAGGAAUACAUUGGAAAUAACCCAGUUCAUUGUCCUCCUCACUUUAUAUCUCCUAUUCAUGCUUGAGCGGAACCCGAACUAUCUAAGCGUUUAUGAAAUCGCAUUUUCAGUCUACGCGUUCGGCUGGGUUCUUGACCAAUUUGCAACAAUUUUAGCCCAUGGAUGGAACGUAUACACACAAAAUCUUUGGUCAUUUCUGGAUGUCAUUUUCACGCUGGUAUACUGGGUGUAUUUGGGUUUGAGGAUAUAUGGUUGGAAUACCGGCCAGCCAGAACCUGGUCAACAAGCUCUUGACGUGCUUGCAAUGGGGGCACCAGUGCUGGUACCUCGACUAGCAUUCAACCUAUUAUCAGACAAUUUAGUGUUCUUGUCCUUACGAUCUAUGAUGGCCGAUUUCACCCUGCUUACCGCAUUGGCAGCCUGGUGUUUUUGUGGAUUCUUACUUUCCAUGGUGUGGCUAGCAGAAGGGCGCCAUAAUAUCGUUGUCAUCAGUAAAUGGAUGCUUUGGAUUUGGUUUGGCUUGGACGGCACUGGUAUCUCACGUUCUACGGACUUUCACUGGCUCCUAGGGCCAACCCUGAUAGUCACAUUCGCAUUCUUGGGUAACACGCUAUUUUUGACGAUCUUGGUUUCCAUGCUCUCGAACACUUUCAGCACCAUUGUAUCCAACGCUACCGCCGAGAUCCAGUUUCGAAAAUCAGUCUUGACGCUCGAAGGUGUUAAAAGCGACGCUAUAUUCGCGUACCAACCCCCGUUCAAUAUAAUCGCACUGUUCGUAUUUGUUCCAAUGAGAUUCUUGGUUAGCCCUCGUUGGUUCCAUAAGAUUCAUGUAGCAACAGUCAGGACGAUCAAUCUACCAGUGCUAUUACUCAUCGCUGUGGUAGAGAGGCGGCUCUUAUGGUCGGAUACGCAGUUGGUGGGAUACCCUACAGAGCAGCUACCAAAGAAACGCCGUAACCGAAGCUGGUUUUGGGAGAAGUGGAGGAUAACAAGCCACGGGGACAUCCAAGCCGUUUUUGAUAUUCCUCCGCCGGAUUCGGUUACGAACGACAUUGCUGUCGAUGAUGAGCUGACACACCAUAUGAUUAGAAGGCAGUUUGCUCGACAACAAAGUUCGACGGUAAAGUCGAAUAAGAGUCAAGACAAUGAGCAGAACCAGCCACCACAACCCAAAACGCCGAGUCGCAGAGAUUCCAUAGCUCCAUAUGGUGCUCUGACAGAGCAGAUACGAGCGGUCAUGAGUGAGUCGUCGGAAAUUGGGGAUUUAAGCAGCCGUUUAGACACGCUGGAGCGUACAGCGUCAAGGAUGGAGGAAAUGCUGGCAAGAUUAUGUUACGAUAGCGGCGGAAGUAGCACUGGUAAUGAUGCCAGAACCACGUCGGAGAGGGGGGCCGACGAUAGUAACAGCGGUACAAUGUCUUGACUUUAGGUGCCUACCCAGGUACCUCGUUCUCCGGAUCAGCAAAAGCGUAGGCGUACGAGCUAAAUUUCAUGCUUUAAAUAAUAAGGUAUACAAGAUGUGCUCAGAUAUCCUACCUAGGUACCUCACUUAGACAGAUAGGAGAUUAGCAGUCUAAGCUUAGGUAGUUUAGGUACGGUACUCAUGUCAAAAUCCACUGUGAACAAUACCAUUACAGUCUUAUUUCUAGUCCUAUUGGUUCAUUAAUGGUGUAGAUGGGAUGACAAGAGAAAAUUUGUAGGCAUACAGAGGGCGUACACCAGAUCAACUAGGUACCUCUUAGGUAGAAGACUGCAGG